CCGAAGAUAUUACGCACAAACCCAUGUUGGAUUAUAAUUUAUACCCUUAAAUUUGGGGGCUACAAUGCGGCCAGAAAUAUACAAUGUUACUACAGUUCACGCUGCCCAAUGUCAGGACUAUUUUUAUACUGAUGGUAAUGCUUGCUCUUGGGAUCAAAACAGGCGCAAAGAAAACGGACGAAUAUGUUUUAACGUUGAAGAAACACAACGAUCGUGCGCUGCACAUCAACGCGCACGGCAAAGUGACCGCCGAGGACAUAUCGCUGGCACAAUCCUUCACGAUGGACAGUGUGGGCGAUGCACUGAGCGUGGACUUCAAAAUCACCAUCUAUGCCAAGGAUGUGGACUACUAUCUGUGCUUUCAUCAAGGCAGACUUGUUGGAAAGAGAAACGCCACAAACGACUGCCACUUCAGGGAGUCACUGGAUCACGGCUACUAUCAGUUCACGCACGCCUACAAUCCGGUGCUGCAUGUGGGGAUCAAGCGCAACUUUAGGCCCAUCGGUCCGCGGGACCUGGAGCGCCCGAAUCGGAUGCGCAAUGCCUGUUUCCUGUUCUUCCGCUCGGAGGCGGAGCAUUUCCGCAGCAACAUGGCGCUGUUGGGUCCCAGGAAACACAAGUUUUCCAGCAAAACCACUAAAACGACGACCACGUCGACUACAACAACAACCACGCCCAGUACUACAACCAGCAGCACUACAGCCAGACCCACAACAGCCCCCACAACCACCCCCACCACCACCACCACCACCACCACCACCAGCACAACCCCCCACACAACCACAACCACAAUGUUGAGCCCAGUGCCAGUGUCGGGCACGAAACGCAGCAAUAGCCUUAAGUCCUACAACCAAGCCAAUAGCAACAACAACAACAACAACAAGAAGAAGAAAGACAACCACUUGGAUGACAUGUUGCAGGAGCAAAAAAUCAUCAAGCGAAACUGGGAACGUCGCCAGCACCGCCAGCAGCAGCAGCAGCAGCACCGCCUACGGCAGCGGCAGCACCACAGCGGCGGCGCCACAGUGGGGGCCAUGCAACAGCCGCAGCCGAAGAACCUGGAGGUGCGCCACCAUCACAACAACGCCACCCUCAUGGAGCGGCGACGACGCCGCCGGCUGGAGCGGCGCCGCCACAAGCAGCAGCAGCAGCAGUGGGAGCAGGAGCAGCGCGACACCGAGCACCUGCCCAAGGCCUCGUCGUCCGCCUCCUCGUCGUCCUCCUCGUCGACGGCCACCACAACGGCCCUGACGGCCACAGCGGCCUCGCUGGCCCCCUCCGCUUUCAAUCUGGUGGCCAUCCUGGCGGCCAGCAGUCGUAAGCGGGACAGGCGGAAAAGGUCCGCCGCUGCCGCUGCCACGGGAUCAGCAGGUUCCGGUGCGGCCACAAGGGCGGACAUGCAGCUGGUGGAGAUGGCCUCGCAGCGCCAGCAGCAGCAGCAGCAGCAGGAGGAGCAAAACGAAUACUCAAGACCCUAUGUUAAUAGAAACCUAGAAACCCUAAGCCCAGAGCAAACCCUGCAGCUACCACCACACCUAAACGUAAGCCGUAAUCUAAACGUAGAUCUUAGUCUAUAUCUAAAUAGUGAUAGCGAUAAUGUUAAUAAUGCAAUACCUGCCUUGCCAAAAAACUACAACUACAACUACUUGUACAGUAACGAGCAUUAUAAUAUGAGUACUAAAAGUAGCACGACUGAUUCUAGUAGUUUAGAGACUAGCACUAAGUUCGAUAGUCCAAAUAGCCAUAGCCAUAGCCAUAGCCAGAGCGCGUUCAAUCAGAAUAUUGACAAUAAUCUUAAGCAAUCCAACGAUCGAAUUGACAGUGUGGCAGAUGAAGCCGCUACGAAAGUGGAGCCAGGGGCAACAGCGGAAGCGGAAACAGUUAUCGAAACUGUGGCGGAGAAUCGCAAUCAUAUUGAUGCUAAUAAUAUAGUCGACGAUGGCUCUCCCAUCGAGGAGGAGCACGAAAAACAUAUUCUAAAGAAGCUUUUUCGUAGCCUAAACCUGCCACAGCCGCAGCAGCAGCAGCAGCAGCCUCAGCAACAACAACCUAAUAUUGAUAACUAUAAUGCAAAUAUUAACGUUGUUAACGAUAACGAUAACGAUAACGGGCUGCUGAUCAAUAAUAACCAUAAUAGUAAUUAUAACGAGCAAUUUGCGAAUGACGAUGAAACGAUACGAAUUCAAAAUAAUAAAUAUGAAACACAUAUAGUACAAUACAAACCUGUGGUAUUUAUUUCGAAAAUAAACCCCUCCUGUGUUCCCAGCUGCUAG